CGCAAAAGGUCGCUUGACCUUUUGAGAGUUGAAUACCUUCACAUCGGAACAAAGAACUGAGUUUUACGCACUACUACAACGUAUUAAUAAAAUAUAAUGCAGUUGGAGAAAGAUGAAAAAAAAAAUAAGAAUAAUGAAAGAUCAUUUGAAAACUCCAGAGUGAAGAUGUAUUCCAGACAAAUUAUCUUUUUGAAGACUAGGCAGCAUGGUCUCCGACCUUAGCCUGUUCCAAACGGAACAAACGUACUAAAAAAAAAAAAAGUGAAGAUGUGUUAAGUCGACUUUACAUUAUCAGCUGUCAAUCAAAUGUCAAAUCUAAUGUCAAAUUGAUAUUGUCAAUGUCAUACCCUCGUGUUAUUCGCCAUAUGAUUUGUUUUGAAAUAUUUCAUUUAUUUAUUUGGUUAUUAUAAAAUGGUUAACAAAGACUGGUUUCGUAUUACACCGGCAUUAUCAAAGCCGGUAUUAAACUGCAUCAAUGCACAAGGUUUUAAAACGAUGACUCCUAUCCAAGCGGCCGUAAUACCUCUCGUAUUGUCGUGUAAGGAUGUCGCUGCUGAAGCAGUGACUGGAUCAGGAAAGACGCUGGCAUUCGUCGUGCCCAUGCUGGAAAUGUUGUUAAAGAAAUCAAAAGAGCCCCCCCUCAGGAGGGAUUUCGUUUAUGCCGUAAUAAUUUCACCGACAAGGGAGUUAGCCACCCAAAUAAGUAAGGUAAUAGAACAGUUUCUUCAAGAGCCAGACUUAAACCACAUGACGCUUGCUGUGCUGGUGGGAGGCAGGUCUGUGGAUGCAGAUAUGGAGACUCUGCACAGGGGAGCUCACAUCGUGGUCUGUACACCAGGACGUUUCAGUGACCUACUGGCAGAAAGGAAGCAACUAAAUCUACCUGGGAGACUAAAAGAGUUGGAAUUUUUAGUUCUGGACGAAGCCGACCGCCUCCUCGACCUCGGCUUCAGCGCGACCCUAACCACAAUCCUGCAGUACUUGCCGCGACAGCGACGCACUGGCCUGUUCUCUGCAACCCAGACGAAAGAGCUCCAAGACCUGGUCAGAGCCGGCCUUAGAAAUCCAGUGGUUGUCAGCGUUAAAGAAAAGUCCACUAUCAGCACGCCGGUUCUGCUAGAAAAUUAUUAUGUAAUAGUAGAACCACAGGACAAGUUUUUAUUUCUGUUAAACUUCAUAAGGAACAGAAGAAUGGUGAAGGGUCUCUUCUUUCUGCCGACGUGUGCGUGUGUCGAUUACUGGGCGGAUGUGCUCCCGGUGUUCCUAACUGACAUCAAAGUGUUCGCAAUACACGGCAAGAUGAAACAGAAGAGGACCAGGGUGCUGGAGAAGUUCCGUGAAGCUGAAAAUACUAUAUUGUUGUGUACAGAUCUGUUAGCCAGAGGGCUCGAUAUCCCGGAGGUGGAGUGGGUGGUGCAGUGGGAGCCGCCGAGCCAGCCGGCGGCGCUCGUGCACCGCGUGGGCCGCGCGGCCCGCGGCGGCGCCGCCGGCUGCUCGCUGCUGCCGCUGCUGCCCAGCGAGGACGCCUACGUGCCCUUCAUCAGGACCAACCAGAUGGUGGAGCUCAAAGAUUGGAGAAAGUCCAAGGACGAAAUCAAGAUCAGCGAAAAGUUGAGGCUGAAAGUAUUAAAAAUCCUCCACGAUCAACAGAAGAAGGACCGAUCCAUAUUUGAUAAAGGACAACGCGCCUUCGUGUCCCAUAUGCGGGCAUACACGAAACACGAGUGCAAUCUUCUACUGCAAUUCAAAGAGCUACCACUGGGCCACAUCGCGACCAGCUACGGCCUCCUCAAACUGCCUCUGAUGCCUGAGAUCAAGCAAGAACACAAAGACCAGUUUGUAGGGCCGGUAGAAGAGAUCGACUUUAACAGCAUAACAUACAAAGACAAACAGAAGGAAGCGAGCAGGUUGCAGAAGUUGCAAGAGUAUAAGAAGACCGGUGUGUGGCCGUCGAAGAAGAAGAAAAAGAUGGCGCAGUCACAACCGUGGGAACAAGCGAAACAGAACAAAGAAGACAAAAAACAGCGUAGGAAAAAGAGGAAAGAGUUGAAACAGAAGGUGGGUGCGGAAGGGAAGAAAGGCAAGAAACGGAAAGCAAUCACACAAGAGGAGUUAGACGAGCUCGCGGCCGACGUGGCCCUGAUGAAGAAAUUGAAAAAGGGAAAAAUUACAGAGGAACAGUUCGACCAGGCAUUUGAACUUGAUAAAUAAAUUAUUUAUUGUA